AUGGAUUUGCAAAAGGGCUCUCAACCUAUUGAUUCUUACCUUCGUCAUGCUAAGUCCCUUGUCGAUUCACUGGAUACCAUCAAUGAACCUGCUCCUCGAAUCUCUCCUGAUCAAAACACAGCGCUAAUGGCCACCCAAUCCUCUCCUCACACCACUGGUCAUACUUCCUUCCCUUCUCACCGUGGUGGUGGCUCUUCUAGCAACAGCACGGUGGCCACUGUCGCUAGCGCGGUCAUUGCAGUGGUGGCUGGCGCAACUUCUCAUCUUCCUAGAGCAACUCAUGGAAUGGUUCCUAGCAGCCCCCAAUGGCCUAAUCAACUGUGGCCUUCUUUUGCUCAGAGUUCUAGAUUUCAAAGCAACUGGCCUUCCUUUCAGCUACUUGGGCCCAAUCUGCCGCUUCUAGCAAACACUCUGCCCAGUCCAACUCAGGUCCUAAUGUCUUGGGACUGGCUUGGUGCACCCACCUGUGCUCUUGUUUCCCUUGCCUUGGACCAUAUACUGAAAACAAACUCACCAACCGCACCAUUGAAUGUGUUCUUCUUGGAUACAACUCUCACCACAAAGGUAUCAUCUUCUUCAGAGUAUGUGGAUAUUGAAUUCCACCCAAUUGUUCCCUCCUCCGCACCUGGGCCCAUAUCGAUCACUCCUGCCUUAGACUCAGACUUGCAACCUCAUGGCACCUCCUUGGCCACUAAGCAUCCUGAAUGGCGUGACACCAUGGCUAAAGAGAUCAAUGCACUUCUUAAAAAUCAUAUAUGGUCUUUGGUUCGUUCCUCUCCAUCUCAGAACUUGGUUGGGUACGAGUGGGUUUUUCGGAUUAAGUGGCACUCUAACGGCUCCAUUGAAUGCUACAAAGCUCGUCUAGUUGCCAAGGGUUUUCAUCAACGUCUGGGCAUAGACUAUGUUGAAACCUUCAGUCCUGUUGUCAAGCCUGCCACCAUUCGCACUAUUCUCAAUCUUGAAGUUUCUCGUGGUUGGUCCCUUCGUCAACUUGACGUCAAAAAUGCCUUUCUCUAUGGGUUUCUUUAA